ACUUGGCGGCGAGUCAUUGCUCGUGGGGAUUCCUUAACGUCCUUGUUGGGUGUUUCUGCUCUUUUGUGGUACUUUCCGCCAACUGUAAAGACAACAAAAUGCGUGAGUGCAUCAGUGUACACAUUGGUCAGGCUGGCGUUCAGAUGGGCAAUGCCUGUUGGGAGCUGUACUGCCUCGAGCAUGGCAUUCAGCCCGAUGGUCAGAUGCCUUCGGACAAGACUAUUGGUGGCGGUGACGACUCCUUCAACACCUUCUUCAGUGAGACAUCAUCGGGAAAACACGUUCCUAGAGCAGUGUUCGUAGACUUGGAACCUUCUGUUGUGGAUGAAGUACGCGCAGGAACCUACCGCCAAUUGUUCCACCCUGAGCAACUGAUAACUGGGAAGGAAGAUGCUGCCAACAACUAUGCUCGAGGUCAUUACACGAUUGGAAAGGAAAUUGUUGACUUGGUAUUGGACAGACUUCGCAAGAUUGCCGAUAUGUGUACAGGACUGCAGGGAUUCUUGAUCUUCCACUCAUUUGGUGGCGGCACUGGCUCAGGCUUCACCUCCCUGCUGAUGGAACGACUCUCUGUGGACUACGGCAAGAAGAGCAAGCUUGAAUUCUCUGUGUACCCAGCACCACAGGUUGCUACAGCUGUGGUAGAACCCUACAACUCCAUCUUGACAACCCACACGACCCUCGAGCAUUCAGACUGUGCCUUCAUGGUUGACAACGAAGCUAUUUAUGAUAUUUGCAGAAGGAACCUGGACAUCGAACGACCUUCCUACACAAACCUCAAUCGCCUUAUUGGUCAGAUUGUUUCCUCCAUCACUGCCUCCCUCAGGUUUGAUGGUGCACUCAAUGUGGACCUGACUGAGUUCCAGACCAACCUUGUGCCUUACCCACGCAUUCACUUCCCGCUGGUGACUUACGCCCCUGUCAUCUCGGCUGAGAAGGCAUACCAUGAACAGCUUUCAGUCUCAGAAAUCACCAACGCAUGUUUUGAACCCGCCAACCAGAUGGUGAAGUGUGACCCUCGUCAUGGAAAAUACAUGGCAUGUUGCCUGUUGUACCGCGGUGAUGUUGUACCCAAGGACGUGAAUGCCGCUAUUGCUACGAUCAAGACCAAGCGCACGAUCCAGUUUGUUGACUGGUGUCCUACAGGCUUUAAGGUGGGCAUCAACUACCAGCCUCCAACCAUUGUACCUGGUGGUGACCUGGCCAAGGUGUCACGAGCUGUGUGCAUGUUGUCCAACACCACCGCCAUUGCUGAAGCUUGGGCACGUUUAGAUCACAAGUUUGAUCUCAUGUAUGCCAAGAGAGCUUUUGUGCAUUGGUAUGUGGGUGAGGGUAUGGAGGAGGGUGAGUUCUCAGAGGCUCGUGAAGACUUGGCUGCCCUGGAGAAGGACUACGAGGAAGUUGGUGUGGACUCUGCCGAUGGUGACCAAGAGAUGAAUGGAGAUGAAUAUUGAGUGAAUCACACAACCUCCUCUUAAUGUUUUAAUUAAGUGGAGAAUUAUCAUAGUACAGUAUACGCUUCUCUAGCACUUGACACACACACUUUUAAAAACCAUCUUUUGUAUUUUAAUUCUGGGAAGUUUUUAAAUUUCACUUGGAAAAUUUUGUUUGACUCUUGAGUCUUCCUAAUGUAUCCCAGUGUUCACUACAUAAGCCCUUUUGGCCACAUAUGUUGUAUUUAUGUGGUGAAUCAAUUACUAUGUACUGUAUUUUCUCUUUGGAACAUGAAAUAUAUGGUGGUUUCUCAAA